AUGCAAGGCCAAGAACGUUUUGAACGUUACACACCACAAUUUCCUUUACCGGUCGAAAUUUCAAACAUGUCUCGUCAAGAUACGGUGUGUCAAUUCUGUGGUGUUUCAUAUUUGAUUCACAACGAAAUCAAAGCACUGGAAGAGAAGUGUCGUAAACUCGAAGCAGACUUGGCGCAUUAUGCAGGAACAAGUUCACGCGAAGCUGCACUGGAGAAAUCUUUACAAACGGAGAAAACACGAGUGACUGAUUUGGAAUCAACAGUUACAAUCAAUACUCAUAAAAUCAAUGAGAUGACGAGAAAACAUCAAUUAGUGCAAGAUCAAUUACAACAGUCUGAGUUCGCUCAUCAAGACACAAAAACAUCUUUUACACAAUGUUCGUUGACUAUUCGGAAACUAUCAAAUCCAGUCGAAACAAUUCGAAAGGAACAUUUCAUUUUGAAAGAAUUCUAUUCGAAACAAAUCGAUAAUUUUAAAACAGAUUUUCUCACAAAUAAAAUGACUCUACAAAAAGAAAUCCAAACAACAUUUGACAAAUAUCUCAAACAAAUGAACGAUUAUCGAAAGGAGCUCGAUCAAUGUCAACAACAACUCAGUGAAAGUAAACAAUCAUUUCGCGAUCUCCAAGUCAAAUAUCAACAAUUGCAACUCGAUACUAAAGAGUCUCGAACUAAAAUUCAGAACGAUUUCGAAGCAGCUCGCGAAGAAAUUCAUCUUCAUCAGAACGAACUUUCUCAUCUUCACGACAAACUAUCUCAAAACGAGCAACUCCGCCUUCAAUUACACAAUGAACUCGAACAUCUAAAAGAACAAAGUCAACAAUACCAACAACAGAUCAUCGAUCGAGAUGAAUCGAAGAAAAACAUCGAUUGUCUCGUCAAUCAAUACCGACAAGAGCUGACCAAUGAAAAAGAACUUCGAACAAAAACUGAUUCCGAACUGGAACAUCUCCGAUCGAAAUUGACUCAAUUAACAACUGAAUAUGAAGAGUUGAACUCCGCGAAGAAAGAAGUCGAAACAAAUGAAUUAAACAAUCGACGAAAACUAGACGAAGCCAAUCGAUCACGUCAAGCCGUUCUCGACCGAACACGAGAUGAAUACGAGAAGUUACUACGGAAAUACAAUGAUCUCGAUGAAGUUUACCGAGAACUCGUCAUUGUUCGAGAAAAAGAAUCAUCAGAAUCCGAUACAAUUCGUCGUGAACUUGAACGUUUACAUAACGAAAAUAUCGAAUUGACUAAACAGAAAGAGACAACGUACAUAACUCAUGAUAUUCAAAUGAAAAAACUUCGCGAAAGUUACGCAGUGAAGUUGCGCGAAGCUGAACAGUGGCCCGAUCGUCUCCAAUCAGAAUUAAAACAUGAACGUGAACAACAUCGCACGCAAUUGAACGAACUCGAACGACGUUUGAAAGAGAAUUUCACGGCAGAAUUGGAGAUCGAAAAACAGAAAACAGCGGGUUUGUUACGUAAAUAUGAACAAGACAAUGGACAUUCGACGCAACAGCUUCGACACGAGUUAAUUUCCACAGAGAAAGUCACGAUCGAACAAAGACAAUAUUAUGAACAACAAAUCGAUCAACUUCAACGAGAAAAGAACGAAUUGAAGAAAGAAUUGGACACGCUCAGAGAUGUUUUGAAAGAAUUGCAUGAACAAUCGAAUAAACAAGAGGCGUUGAGUAAUGAUCGAUUACAUACUUUGAAAUUAAAAGAAGAUUUAUUGGCGAAAGAAAAUGAAUUAUUUCAAUGUCAAUCGAAAAUUACGGAAUUGCAAAAAGAAUUGGAACAAACUCGAGAAGAAAUGAACACUUUACAAGAAACAGUGCAUAAAGAAUGUACCGAACGUGAAGAAUUAAAAGAAGCGUUAAUUGAAGCACGUCAACAACUACUAACUUUGAAAAAAAACGGAGUUCUCAAUGGAACAGCAGCUCGAUCUCUUCAUUCUCCACCGGUAGCUUUUGAAGAAAUCGAACGACGUGUCAUCGCACCUCUUCCACUUCCUCAUACAUCGACUCAACAAUUAGGAUCUGUACUUCAUCAUAAAAAUCCUUCUUUUAUUCAAUCAGAGCCACCUUCGCGUGAUAACAGUGUGCAGGGUGAUGCAGCGGAUAUGAUGGCUCGACCAUUAUCAUCAGCGCAUCAGGUUCCGUAUCGCCAUAAAACAUUGCCACCGAUUCAUCCUCAACCGCAGCAACAACGUCGGAAUGGAAGUGUUCCAUCAUCGAAUAAAUCCGAUCAGUUGUUGGAGAAUCAACGACGUAUUGCUCGGUUUAUUAAGAAUCUUAAAUAA